AUGUUUGCGAAGACAUCUCUCGUGCUCCUUACCGGACCAGCUCUGCUGGUCUCGGCUUUCCCCGAGAUAGCUCGUAUGGUCGCUGAGAAGCGCAUCCAAGAGCGUCAAACAACGCCACAAAUUAUCGAGUUCCCAGAAUACCCAGGCACACCCAACCACGCCCUCUUCAACCAAUUCGACCCUGCCCUCCAACUCGUCAACACAUCUGGCGAGCACGAGUGGCGCGCCCCAGGCAAAGGAGAUAUCCGCGGUCCUUGUGCCGGCCUCAACGCCGCCGCAAACCACGGCUACAUCCAGCGCGACGGUGUCGUCGAUGCAGCAAGCAUCAACACCGGUCUCUGGCAAGCUUUCGGCCUCGACAAGACAGCCACCAUCUUCCUCGAGACCGCAACGGCCUUCUUCAACGGCGACCCCAUCUCCGGCCGCUGGAGCAUCGGUCCCCAUUCAGACAAGACCAGUUCUCUUCCUCCACUGGUCGGUGACCUCCUUGGCAACGAAACAGGAAUCUGCGCAUACGGCCAUCUAAGAAGUGAGGGCGAUGCCAGUAUCACCCGUGGCGAUUGGCUCGCACCUGAGAUGAACUCCAACUGCCGCUCCUACCCGCAAUACAUGCAAGAGCUCUUUGACCUUUCCAACCAGCGUGCAGGAGGUCUGAUCACGCCCCGAGUCCUCGCUGAGCACUCCAACAACCGCAAAAAGCACAGCAUCGCUACCAACCCAUUCUACUUCAGUCCCGCGUACGCUGGUGUUGCAUUCACCUUUGGCGCACACAUGUUCGCGUACCAUUUGCUUGCGAACCACAGCGCUGAAGCUCCCCGCGGAUUCCUGACGCAAGAUGUAUUCAUGGACUUCUUCAGCUACAAGCGCGACGCCAGCGGUGCGUUGACGUACAAGUACGGCUAUGAGCGUAUCCCAGACAACUGGUACAAGCGCCACCCGCUCGACCCAUGGACGCUUGCAGACAUUGGUGUCUCGACCGCACAGCAAUGUGCCGCGUACCCGUUGAACUGCCAAGUCGGUGGCAACACGGGCGCCGUAAACAGUUUCUCGGGCGUCAACCUGGGUGACAUUACUGGCGGCUUCAUCAACUUCGCAGAGGACUUGAACGACCCCAAGAAGAUGGGCUGCUUCAUCGCGCAGGCCGUGCAGGCGGAUACCCCGUCUUUCUUGAGCAAGCUUCUUGGAGGUGCUGCUCUGACUGCUGCUUUGGCUGCUGUUGAUAGUCGUCUUGGGCCGGCGCUGCAGCCGCUUAAGGACCUAGGCGGCGGAUGCCAGGGCGUGCCAGCGGGCAGGAGUAUGUUCGACUAUGGCAUCAACUUCCCCGGUGCCACUCUUGAGACCGAAGGCCCGAGGUCCGGACAAUAG